UCAUCAAAGGCGGUACCAACUCGAAAGCAACGUCGUACAGCAGAGAAGGCUGCUCGGGCUGUGCAGAAGAAGAAGGAGUACAACAACACCAGAGCGGCCAAGUUAGGCCUCUCGCAAGCGAAGGUGUCUCCUUACGUUCGGAUCGAUCGUCAAUUCAAAACCUUCAAGCCCAUCACUCCCUCUUUGCGAUGGGUGAGAUAUAAUAUCAACGAUCAUCUCUACGGUGGCAGGCCCGAGAAGUCUCUCACUGUGGCCAAGAGGAGUACGGGAGGAAGAAAUCACCACGGCAGGGUGACAGUGCGCGGCCGUGGAGGAGGUCAUCGCAGACGUCUGAGAAUGGUGGAUUUCUGGAGGUGGGAAGCUGGUCCGCAAGAAGUGAUCCGCAUUGAGUAUGAUCCUGGAAGAUCAGCCCAUAUUGCCCUCAUCAAGCACAAGGAGACCGAUAGAUUGAGCUACAUUCUUGCACCCGAUGGCCUGCGCGCUGGAGACACAGUCGAGAGUUACCGGACGAUGAAGGAGGUGGUGGGAUCCAGUGGCGAAGGGGGCGCAGCCUCCGCCCUUGACCUGGGAAUCUUCAGGACAAAGGCCAUUCGACCUGGGAACGUGCUGCCUCUGCAUCUCAUUCCCAUCGGAACCACCAUUCACGCUAUCUCUCUCAACCCCGUCGGACCCGCAAAGGUUGUUCGAUCGGCCGGAGCCUCGGGCCAGCUUAUCGCAUUCGUCAACCGUUCGAAGGCCACUACCACUCAUGCUCAGGUCAAACUGCAGUCCGGUGAGGUCCGAAUGGUCACAGUCGACUGUGUGGCGGCAAUCGGCCGAGUGAGCAACAUCGAUCACGAGCACGUCAGGCUGGGUAAGGCGGGUAGGAGCCGCUGGCUGGGCAGAAGGCCCAAGGUCAGGGGUGUGGCGAUGAAUGCCGUCGACCACCCUCACGGAGGAGGCAGAGGUAAAUCGAAGUCCAACAUGCAUCCCCGAUCCAUCUACGGUCACUUGGAAGGCAAGCGGACUCGCAAACCUGGUACAAAGAAUGGAAACCAAUUCGUCGUCAGGGAGAGGCCACGACAGAAUGGAAAGCGCGCUGGA